ACACACAUCUGUAGGAUUUACACUCAGCACGGAUGAAUUCUACAGCGCAACAGGUGUAUUACUGCAACAUGGCAGACAAUGUUCAGUGGGGGUCAUGCUCUUACCCACUGUACCCCAAAACCUCCCCCUAUAUCUACCCCUCUACCCCUGUAAUGAUGAUGGCCCCACAGCCUCAGGGCCACAUCUACUACAUCCCUAAUGGACAGUACUGCUCACCGUACAACCAGCACAUGCAGCAGUAUCAGUACAGUAAUUAUGGGUACUACACUCAGUACCAACCUUCUGUGGUACCUGGUACGAUGAACCAUGUCCAGCAGCAUCAGGCACCACUGGCUCAAGCCACGCCCGCUCUGCCCAAAAGAGCUGGCAAGAAGAUCACAAUCCGAGACCCCAACCAGGGAGGACGUGACAUCACACAGGAGAUCCUGCUGAGAUAUCAGCACUGGUUAAUGUAGGGUCUGAUUCCAACUCCACCGGUAAUGAAGUGCCCAGUGAGAACGUAUCUGUUGCUACUGGUAAAUGUGAUGAUGUGGUCAUGCCAGUGUUGGUGCCCUCAGAGAAAAGUGUUUCAGAUUCUGAGGAGCUGCUUGAACGCAGGAGAGCAGAAAAGGAGAAAAGAGUCAAAUCGAUCAUCGACAUCACUGUAGAGAGAGCAACAUCUGAGCCAAACACUGCAGCGAUGUACGCAACCUUCUGCUACCAACUAGAGGAUAUGGACGUGCCCACCUAUAAGAAGCUGGUGCUCAGUCGCUGCCAGGAGGAGCUGAAGAAGGAGAGGAAGAACGACAUGGCUCGUACAAAGAAGCAGAAGGAGCUGAAUGAAGCCAGAAAGGAAAAGGUUUAGCAGCGCUUGAAGAAAGACCUGGAGGAGGAGAAGAUCAAGACAUUCCAAAGCUCACUCCUCAACAUGGAAUUC